AUGCCAUUAGACAAGCUCCCUUCUGAGCUCCUGCUCUCCGUCGCGUCAUUCCUACCGCAAACCGACGCUCUCGCACUCUCCCGCACCUCUCGCAAAGUGCACGCCAUCGCCGAAAUCCAGCUCUACGCGACCGUCGAGCUCGAAAUGGGGCAACCGACCGCUAAAUCGGGCGACGAUCCCCUGAAUAGCUUCUAUGCGAACUUGAUGGUGAAGCACGAGAGAUGCGCGUAUGUGCGGAGUCUGUCCCUCUUUUUCGGCAGGCCUCUCGCCAACAGGGACCUGAUUUUGGUGCAUGCGAUCAUCGACGCGCUCCCUUGCCUGCGUACCAUGUUGCUCACCCAUCGCGCCCUCGACUUCUCCGUCGACGACGCUCCCGUUCCUUCUCACUCAUUUCCCUCCCACCGUGCUAUGCUCAAGACACUCUCUCGUGCCUUGCAAGUCCUAAUGCCCGCCCACCGCCCCAAAGCCACUCCUCCGCCAUUCGCCUACAUCGCCAACGGACUACCUCACCGACAAUCCCCUUGGCUGGAUCUCACUUGGUUCAACCGCACCCCCUUCAACACCCCCUUUUUCAUCGCUUUCGUCAGCCUACACCCGCACAUCCGCGCCUUGUACCUCCCGCAGUGCUUCAACAGGAACUUUCCACGCGUGGACGCAAGCGUCCUGCCUCAUCUGGAAAGCAUCCACGCGCAUUUCGCGGUGGUGCUCGCGCUGCUGCCUGGGCGGAACGUCCGGAGGGUCAACACUUAUCUCACGGGUGGCGCGGGGCGGCGCGGCGGUCUGCGGGAUGCGAGCGGGAGAGCGGUCAGCGGAGACGGUCUGGAGAGUAUCAAGGUGCUGAGGUGCCAGCGGGACAGGUAUGUCGACGCAGGAUUCUUUGCGGGUCUUCUCCAGAAGAUGAAGGGCCUCGAGGUUCUGGAUUUGGCUGGCGACAUCUCGAUGACGCCGCCGCUGCAGGAGAUUGAGGUAUUGGCGCUACAACAUACGAGUAUUCAGCUCGUUAGAUUGCACGGAAGAUACACUGAGGGAGUGGCAUCCGCUCUCUUCAAGUCUAACGGAUCGCUUGAGUGCAUCGACUGGUCAGAAGGUGCCGUUGCUAGGCUCCACAGGGACGGAAAACGGAACCAGAACCUCGUUUGGAGGUGCAAGCCUCGAGACAUAUGGUUGGCAGAUUGGAAGACAGACUCAUAUGUCAAUGAACUAUAG